AUGGAGAAGACCAAACAACAACAUGUUGAUGCACUAGACCAAAAGCAAUUGACUCUAGUUGAAACUUCUUUCGUUGAGAGUGUCGAUCGACGACAGCCACCUGUUAUCGAUCGACACCAAAUGGGCGGACAUAAACCUGUCAUGGAACGACGGGCAACGAAAGAAGAGAUUCAGAUUGGCAAGAGGUCGAAAGCUAGGAAACUCUAUGUUCCCAAACACCUGAGGAGAGAAGCUAACAAAGUUGAACUUGAUGGAUUUCACAAGAUGGUGAAGAGAGUUCCUAAGGGUAUGACUUUUGAGGAGGCCUAUUAUAAGUACAGACUUGGUAAUUUCUUCAGAGAGAGCAGAGAGACGGAGCAGAGAGACAGAAAAGGACAUGGAGAUAUUAUUCAACAAGGUCUACCCCACGAUUUACCAAACGCCAUAUGCGAUACUGGAUCUGCAAUCAGCCUCAUGGCUAUAGAUACUGCUGAAGUAUUAGGAUUUAAGAUGGAACCUUCAAAAGAUAGUUUCACUUUUGUGGAUAACUCCAAAGCAAAAUCAGCAGGCAUGAUUAGGAAUGUUAAGGUGGAGAUAGGGGAAUGCACUAUUCCUGUGGACUUUCAUGUCGUGGAGUUCAAAUCAGACAACACAUCUUCCCUUCUUUUUGGAAGAGUCUUCUUGGCUACAGUAGGGGCAGUUUGUGAUCUUAAGAAGAAUAAGAUGUGUCUGACUAAUGUUGAUGAAACUAUCUUCUAUGAUACUGUGGAGAAGAAGAAAAGUAAAGAGUUUAUUUCAUGCAUAGAGAUGUUUGAAGUUCCAGCGCCUACAACAAAUGCAAUUCGCGAGCCUGCAAAACCAGGACCAGCAUCGAUCGACAUUCAGUUUUCAACAUCGGCCGACAGUCUAACACGACCCUAG